UCACGUUCGAAACCAGCUAAGCCUCCCUCUCUCUCUCUCUCUCUGCUCUCUCUGUUAGAGAAAGUGCAACAGAAUCACAUCCUACCCUAUAAAGAAAACCAACCAUCCCUAACCCCCUGAAGUAAAAAGCCAUUCACCUCCAGAGCCCUCAGAAGAAUUCUCGCCUCACUUCUCAACAUAAAGCAAAGGCCUUCUUCUCUGAUCCUUGUCUUCUCUCCUCCACCUCAUUUAUAGACCCAUAUAAACCACAGUCACCAUGCAAUGAUGAUAAGAUGAUAGCCUUGUUCUGUUUUUUCCUCGAUCUGUGUCCUCUCAAGUAUAUAUUUAUAAGUGCGCAUCUUCUCCUCGAUAAAUAAAAUAUAGAGAUCAAGGACAACUAUUAUGGGUGGUUCAAGUAGAAGUAGUAGUAGUAGGAGUAGUAGUCGCGGUUCCUUGCAUUUGAAGGUCUUGUUUGGAGCACUUGCAUUGGUGGGGGUUAUUUUUCUUUUCACGGCUAGUAGCCAGCAGGGUGGAAGAACAGAGAUUAAUGCGCCAACAGUAACGUCUGAAUCCGGGGGAAAUUCCAAGCUGCAUGCAUAUAUUAUGGGCAGAGGAAAUUUCGUCGACCAUCCUCCAGAGUUGGAUCUAAACUACAUGAGCAAAAGACGAGUUCCUAACGGACCAGAUCCUAUACAUAACAGGAGAACUGGAAACUCUGGACGACCCCCUGGUCGAGCAUAGCCGUCGAUCGAUUACAGUUCAACAAGCUUCAGAAACUUAAGUACUUGCAAAUCGAAGAUCAAUCAUGUCACAAGCAUGUUUUGUACUUGUUACAAAAGGGACUGUAGAAAUUACUCGAGAAUCCAAGCAUGCAUGCAGUCUUAUUUUAUUACAGAUGUUUGUUAUGGAAAGGUGCAUGUUGGGGGAGUACACAAACGGAAGCUUGUCGCACACAAAAUACUUGGGCUAGCUAGCUCAGAAAAUCCAAGGAAGAUUAAUGAGCCUUUGCAGAAA